GUUCAAAGCGAGCGCGCUGCAGUAGAGCUGACAGCCCAAAACUAUAAAGCUCGGUGUUCUUCUUUACAAAGUGAACUAGAUACGUCUGAAGCUGUUCAGAAAGACUUUGUACAGUUAUCUCAAAGUUUGCAAAUUCAACUUGAAAAAAUCAGGCAGUCGGAACAGGAGGUUCGGUGGCAAUGGGAAGAUGAUGUGGAAAAUUGCUCAGGUGUUUGCACUGUUGUAAAAUCUUCUGUUCAACGUGUGUUCAACAUACGGUUCCCAGCGGGCCAAAUCGAAGGCCCGCAAAUGUUUGCCAUGUUUGUCAUACUCUGCUUAAUAGAGACUCAAAGCCGUUUUUUGCCGUGGAUCCUACGAAUUGAGCUUCAGCCGCAACUAUAA